AUGAGGACUCUUCUUUGCACAACAGUUCUUACAGCCCUCGCGGCACUGGCGUCAGCUGGCUUCCUUGGAGGAUACGGAGGAGGCUACGGUGGAGGCUACGGUGGAGGCCACGGCGGGGGCUACGGUGGUGGCUACGGUGGUGGCUAUGGUGGUGGCUAUGGUGGAGGCCAUGGCGGCUUCAGUUCUGCCAUCAGCUACCACUACGACAAUCAAAAGGCUGCGCCGCAUUACUUUAUUGGUGGAUACGGGGGACAUGGUGGAUAUGGCGGUGGCCUUGGAUACGGAGGAGGUCAUGGGGGCGGCUACGGUGGCGGCUACGGCGGUGGCUACGGCGGUGGCUACGGCGGUGGCUACGGCGGCUACGGAGGCGGCUUUGGAGGUCACGGGAUCGGUGGCUACGGCCUCGUACAUGGUUAUCACGGCUAA